AAUAAGGCUUUUAUAUCGAGAUUAAGUACUAAUUAUUUCUUUUUUAUGUGGAGACGAGUUGUAGUUUCUGAUUUACUUUUCUGCGUAGAAUUAAUGAAAAGGCCAAAUUGCAUGUUAUUUGAGUUGUGAUAAAAAUUUCUCUUGUUUUGGCGCGACAAUGUAGUCACUUUUCAGUGGCCUCAGAUUUAUUUCUCGGGAUAUCCUGUUUGGAUUUGAUGCCUCUCUGGCGUAAGUUUUCAUAUGGUAAUACUUCUGGCCAAAGUGGCUGCUUUAUUAUCACCAUAGAAGGGAGGUUGUUUUGGAUUUAAGUCGUCAUGAAUGGAGAGGUACCAAGUGUCCCCAUAACAACUUUGUCUGGAAUAUCAAGUCUGACUGACUUGUUAACGGAGCUUCCGCUUCCCACACCGCUACCAUGCACAGUCAACAACAAAGGUUUGUUAUAUAGCCCUCGUGUGGCCGAAGAAGCAAAGAGGCUUCUUGGAGUGCAAGAUGAAAACCUGGUGCCACAGCUUCUACAUGCACUCAGCCAGACGAACACAGACAACAUUGAACUGAAAGACAAGUCCAGCAGUAAUGAAAUUGAAGGUGAUAUACCCGGCCUUCUGCAAGCAAUACUUGCUCGCAAUCCCAAUGUCUUCAAACAUAAGCGAAUGGAACAGAUGGGAGGCGUCUCACCCAGACAGCCAAUGGCACCAUCCCCCUACUAUCAGCAGUCUCCAGAAGGUGCUAUUCAACACAGUCCAUACAGCAGGACUCACAACAUGGGUAUGCAAGGCAAUUCCUCGCCGCUCUUUACUCCAAACAGCCCUGCAGCCUACCCACAAGGAAGCUCAGUCAAAGUGCCCCUUGGAAGUCCAACUAGAUACCAACAUGCGGGACUAACUGGACAAGGAUCACCUGUUCCAACGUCAGUCAAUGGUUACACAGGGCAUCAAUUGUCACCUGCCACAGCUACAAGUCCCAGUCAACCUGUGCCAACUCCACCACCGGUACAGGCAAAAUCGAGAUCACAGCUAGCACAACCACCAAACGGAGCUGGACCUUCAGGUGAUUAUGUGCAACAACCAACACCAAGGGGCAGAGGACGACCACGCAAGCGGCCACCAAAUCUAGAAGUCAGUCAAAGAGCUGUCUCUGUGAGGGAAACUGAUGCAGCAUCUUCUGCUGGUGCGUAUCAGUCGCCUGCCAGUUAUCAAGCAGAGCCACAGACUAGUCAAGAAAGUUCCUCCCUUGAUGUCACAGAAUCGGAUUCAUCAGUGAAGGACUCAAGUAGACGUAAAAAACGCAAGUCCCAUAAAGAAGAUCGAGAGAGAGACAAAGAAUUACCACAGUACAAUAUUGUGAGUUCUCCUGAUACCAGUGGCUCAACCAAGAUCAAACUGAAGCUAACAAGGUUUCCAGUCAAGUUCAGCGAAUCAAAAGAAAAGGAAAAGUUGCCAGAAGCAAAACGGGAAACUGUUGUAAGGCAACCAGAAACAGUGUUGACAGCUCAACCAGAAACAGUGUUGAAAGAGCCAGAACAAGUUGUAAAAGAAGAAGUGAAAAGGGACACAAGGAAUGUCGCCCAGGAAUCUUUGUACACUUUUCAGGAGGAUGCUAAACACAGUGAACGGACAGGUGUAUCUGAUGUCCAAGAUGAACCUCAAACAGAAGUACAUCCUCUGAACAAGGAGGUAACUCUACCUAACAAGGAGGUAACUCUACCUAACAAGGAUAUUGCUGAGCCUGAUGAAGUUACAAAGCCUCCAGAGGAACCCAAACCUCAAGAUACACCCAAGUCUCUAGGAGUACGCCAGCCUGAAGACAUACCACAACAAGAGGAUGCCUCAGCCAGUGAAGCUAGGACAUCAACACAAGAAAAAGAUGGCGAUGGAGACAGUAUCAUAGCAAAUAAAUCAGAGGAUGGUGAUACAGUCUCGAAAAGUGCAAUCAGUCAACCUAGGAUACUACUGACCAAGAUCUCCAUAUCAGAGGAUCAAGUGGCCCUGCUGGCUAAACCCAUGGGAAGGGGAAAGAAACGACAACGGAAGAAUACAGACACUGAUGAAGAGUGGGAACCAGCACCACCACCUGCUUCCAGACAAGAAGCUCUCCCAUCUCCCGUGUCUCAAGGCCCACCUGCCCAAAUUUUCAUUGAAAGAGACGAGGAAGAUGAUGAAGAAGAAGCACCUAAGAAGAGGCUAAAGAGGGACAAAACACCAAACAAGAAGGCCACAUACCUAGAUGAUGACGAACUUACUGAGUCUGCCACAUUUAAGAGGUUCCAUGCUGCCAUGGAAGCAGUAUUUGAAGGAUCAGAAGAUAUGGACAUAAGCGUUGAGCAAGCUGAUGAUGAAGAAGAGACUGAUGAAUGUAAUCCUGAGCUACUCAUCAGUAAACCUGUUCUGAAUGAUCUGGUCUCGGAAUCGGCCAAACUCAAAUCCAUGGGUGUUAUGAACCAGAUUCCUCAUGAGAAACUAGUUCGGUUGUUGAACAUCUUGGAGAGAAACAUCCGGGAUGGCACAAAGGUUAAACCCAACAUUAAUCAUGAUGAGGGAGGUCGUGGGGAACGCCUGUGGCGUGAGCUAGCCAUGGAGAGGAUUACACAUUCUGUAGAUUCAGCAUUGACUGCACUCUAUGUCAUGACAGCAGACGCUAUGCCAAAGGAAGUCUUCAUUGAAGAUGUCAUUGAUCGUACUGCCAAUUUGGCCAAGUUCCAGUUGCAGAAUUCCAUCUACCCUGAGUUUGAUCCUGUUUAUCGAGUUGGCACAGAUAAGAAUGCAGUGUAUACGAAUAUGAAGAUGAAGCGGGCCCGUGCUCAUGGAUCCUCUGAGAAAUCCAUCAUUGCCUUGUACAACAAACUCUGUGUAUUGGUCGCCAACUUAGGCGAGCUCUUGGACAUACAGAUUUUGACUGAUUCCACAGUAUUACUGGUCUCAUCUAUUGGUACCGCUCCAUUCUUUGUGGAGAAUAUCAGCGAACUACAGCUGAGUGCAAUGAAACUCAUCUCAACGGUGUUUUCUAAAUACGAGAAACACCGGCAGUUGAUAUUGGAAGACAUUUUUGCAUCACUAGCAAGGUUACCCUCCAGUAAGAAGAAUCUCAGAAACUUCAGGUUAAACCAAGACACCAAUGUUCAGAUGGUAACAGCACUAGUCUUGCAGUUGAUACAGUGUGUUGUGGUUCUACCUCAACCAAAAGAUGAUUCUGAAGGGAAUCAGGAAGAGUCUGAUGAUGAGUACAGUUAUGAUGAUGACGACUUGAAAAAGUCAAGAGAGGUGGACAAGGAUGUGUUGAUCAUCAAUACAUACGAAACUGCUGUAAGAACGGGCCAAAACUUCUUGUCUGUCUUCUUGAAGAAGUGUGUCAGUCGAGAUGAAGAAGAUUAUCGACCUCUGUUUGAGAACUUUGUACAAGAUCUCCUGUCUGCUGUCAAUAAACCAGAGUGGCCUGCUGCUGAGCUGUUACUGAGUCUGUUGGGGAGAUUACUGAUGCACCAGUUCAGCAAUCGCUCCAAUGAUAUGACGAUGCGUGUUUCAUCGUUAGACUAUUUGGGUCAGAUAGCGAGUAGGUUGAGAAAGCAUGCAGUGUCAAGCUACAUGGAUCAAGGCACAUUGGAUACUAUUGUUACUCAGACAAGGUCAGCAGUUGCAGAACAGUCUGGUGAUGAAAAUGAUUCGAAAGAUUCAGAUCAAACAGACUACAUUCAGAAUUUACAGCAAGCCAUGCUGGACUACUUGUCUUACAACAGUCAGAAUGAUCCAGCAAUAUUGUUUGCCAGACACUUCCUGGUGGCUCAGUGGUAUCGAGACACCACAGCUGAAGUGGAACAGACAAUCAAGGCGCCUCCACCACAGCGAGAUGACAGUGACGAUGACGAGGACAGUGACCGUGAAAACCGUGCGGUUGAUAUGACAACAGAGAUCCUACAAGAAGCCGAGCGGAGAAAAUUGUUCUUGAAAUCAUUCAUCAAGGUUUCGGCUCGCUCCAAUCUUUCAUUCAAGAGAUCACGGCACAUCUUAACUUACGAAAGUGCUUCGUUGGUAGCAAGAUACCUAGCCUCCAAGAGACCAUUUUCACAGAGUUUUGACAUCUACCUAAGCCAAAUCCUACGAGUUCUGAGUGAGACAGCAGUGGCAGUCAGAACCAAGGCCAUGAAGUGUCUGUCUUCAGUUGUAGCGGCUGACCCUUCAGUAUUGGCAAGGGCUGAUGUCCAACGUUCUGUGCAUUGUCGGUUCAUGGAUCAGUCUACCAGCGUCAGGGAAGCAGCGGUGGAAUUAGUGGGCAAGUUUGUCUUGAUGAAACCUGAGCUCAUCAAUCGCUACUUCUCCAUGUUGAUUGAGAGAAUACUGGACACUGGUAUCAGUGUUCGUAAACGGGUCAUCAAAACCCUACGUGACAUCUGUAUUGAGCAACCAGACUUUCCCAAGGUGCCUGAGAUAUGUAACAAGAUCAUCCGAAGAGUCAAUGAUGAAGAAGGCAUUAAGAAACUUGUGAAUGAGACAUUCCAGCAGAUGUGGUUUUCACCACUCCCAACAACAAACACAGACAAGCUGCUGAAGAGAGCACUCAAUGUUAUUGAAGUUGUUGCAGCCAGCAAAGAGCAUGGGUAUGACUGGUUGGAACAGCUACUGACAAAUUUGCUGAAAGCAGAGGAAGAUGCCAGACAUAAACCCGUCCAGAAAGCUUGCCUACAAAUCACUGAUUGCUUGGUGGAACAUGUACUCCGAUUAGAACUCCAGUCAACAGAGUCAUCUGCAGAAGGCAGAGUUAGCAGUCAACGUUUGGUUAGUUGUCUACAGACUUUAUAUCUCUUUAGUAAAGUCAAACCAGAGUUGAUGGUCACCCAUGCCACCACUUUCCAACCCUACCUCAGCACACGAUGCAGUACACAAGGUGAUUUCCUGGUUGUUCACAACGUUGCCCGUAUCUUAGAGUUAGUGGUUCCUCUGAUGGAUCAUCCUAGUGAGAUAUUCUUAGCUAGUCUUGAAGAGGACAUGAUGAAACUCAUCAUCAGACAUGGUCAAACGGUACUACAGAGCUGUGUUAGCUGUCUAGGUGCUGUUGUUAACAAAGUCACUCAUAACUACAAACUAGUCAGGGAUUGCUUCCAGAAGUACUUUGCGGUGCUGUCCAAGUUGAAGACAGAACAUGAAGCCAACCCAGAAAGUGCUACCAUGGCCAAGAACAAGAACACACUCUUGAGGGCGCUCUUCACUGUUGGUCUGUUCUGUAAGCACUUUGACUUUGAUGCAGGCAUCAAGCACUCAAAGCAGUCUGGAGACAGUCCACGGACACCUAAGAAUCCUCAUGUGCCCACAAGUGAAAGCCCACAAACUGUCCCCAAUAACGUGCAGUACACCAGUAAACUGCUACAAAUGAUCCCAAAUUCUGCUCCAAAUAUGGUUGCUUCACAAAGUGUGACAAAUCAGGUGCCAAUCAGGGAACGUGUCUUUGAUGUCCUUUUCUACUUCUGCUAUCAUGAAGAUGAAGAAGUCCGAAUGAAAGCCAUCACUGGUGCCGGCUUCUUGUGCAAUCGUCAUGCCGACUUCCUUCUGGGUACAAAAAUGAAGACACUCUAUUGGGAUAUCUUGAUGGAUACCUCAACCUCCACCAAACUUGUCUGUCAGGUAUUGCGAAACCUUCAGUUGUACUUGACAGAGGAAGAUGAGAGAAUGAGAAGAGCUGAUGCUGAAUGGAACAAGAUGGGAAACAAGGAGGAUUUGAAGGAGAUGGGCGAUGUUCAAUCAGGGAUGAGCAGUUCGGUGAUGCAGCUGUAUCUGAAGCAAGUUAUGGAAGCCAUGAUCCAUACACUGUCAGUAAUACGUCUGUCAGCAUUACAGGUUGUCAUAGCAACACUAAAACAGGGUCUGGUACACCCUGUUCAGUGUGUUCCGUAUCUCAUUGCCAUGGGCAGUGAUCCAGAGGCCACCAUCAGGAUAAAAGCUGAUCAGCAACUGUCAGACAUUGACAGCAGAUAUCCUGGAUUCAUUCAGAUGAAGGCUCUUGCUGGUAUCAAGAUGGCUUUCCGUCUUCAGAAGCUGUUACAAGAGGGUCAGAUAGGACCCUUGAGAGGAAUGAGAGAGAAGGAUAGUCUGUAUAGUUUGACUAACCACACUUACAGCAUCAUCAGGGGUCAUCGCCAACACCGCAGGGCACUUUUACUCUGUCUUCUCAACCUCUUCGAUGAACAAGCAAAGACGGAGUUGGACCUUCUCGUGUUUGUAGCCGACAACCUUGCCUACUUUCCUUAUGUCACUCAAGAUGAACCACUCUUUGUAAUGCAUCAUAUUGAGAUAACGGUAUCUGUCUCAGGAGCCAACCUCCUGCAGUCAUUCAAAGACUCUUUCCAGAAGAAGCAACCAUCCAGGCCAGGAUCGAGGUCAUCCAGAGAGAGUGUAGACGGCAAGAAAGGUGACGACUUCAGCGAUGAUGAUGAUGAAGAUGAGGAAGUCCUCAUGGGAUUGAUACCAGAGGAUCCUUGUCAACUACUUGAGUGUUGUGUUGCCUCACAAGCCUGCAUCAUGCUCUUGGUUCUCAAGCAACAUCUUAAAGACAUGUAUGGCUUUAGAGAUAGCACAAUUCAUCGCUAUUCACCUACAGAGCCUUCCAAAGCAUACGACAAGUCAUUAAACCGUAAAUGUGGUAUAACCUUCAAUCCAGCCAGAGCUCUAGAACUGCUAACUGUGGGGCAGCCCAAGACACCACUCACUGAAAAAGAGAAGAAAGACAUUGUUGCUGAAUAUCUGGAUUUCAAGCAGCUAAUGGAGCUGAUGGAUCCAUCAGACGAUGAAGAUGAGGAUGGAGAUCGACCUGAUUCCAGUAGGUCUAAGACUCCUACUGCAGCUGUCGCCUCCAGCUCCGCCCACAACACCUCAGGGAAUACAAACGAUGACAGUAGGCCACAAUCAGCAGCAGGAGCAGCUAGUCCUAACGCUGUCGUCGUGGUGAAAGAUGACGAUGAUUCAGAUGCUGCCCCAUCAACACCACCAUCAGUAGAGGUACACAAAGUCAAACGACCGAAGCCAAAAGGAAGACGGCCAUCCCAGAAAGCUGUUAAGAAAACAUCCAAGCCACGAAAGAAACGUCGAAGAUUUGUUGAUGACAGCGAUGAAGAAGAAGAUAGUGAAGACAGUGAUCCAGACUUCAUGGUGUAAAUAUAGCUCCUUGACCACUUACCCCAGCCAAACCAACUACAUGGUGCAUGGAACCUACAAAUACAAUUGUCACCGAGGCCAGUAACUUCUCAUCAGGUGCUUUUAAAACAUAAUAGAAAUGCUUUUGUUGUCUAAACAAAACCCAAACAAAAGUGUUCUGUUUUGAACUGUUGUGCAGUUAUCAGGAAAAACAAUAAGAAAGUUUGACAUACUUGAUUUUCAGAAUUUGUUCUUUACGUGAUUUUUUUUGUUUGACCAUGACAUGUUUUAGGUAGCUGUCCCUCUUUUUGCCAUACUAUACACAUUGGUCUGUAGUUGGUACCAAAAAUCAAAGACAAACUGGAAUAAGCAUGAUGAAUUAACAAGAAGUAGGGGAGCAGUGGUGUUACUGCAGAGUGCCGGGAUCCAAAUUAUAUUGGAUCUGCCAGAAACCAAGGGGUUUUGGACUUGCCAAACUUUAAAAAGAACCUAGCUCCACGAAUAGGUCAUUAAAUCCAUCCUAAACUGGGGUUUCUAAUGUACAGUUUACUCCAUUUCUUUCUCCAAAUUCUUCUGGAAAGAUUCUUAUUUGUAUUAUCUUGUUCACUUGUGUUUUUCUCACGGGGUAUCUUGUCACAAUUGAAUGUGAAUGACAGCAUACAGGAACUCCUGACAAAGUUGAAAUAUCAAAGUCAAUAUUCAUAUCAGGUUAUCCCCCCCUAUGUAAGUUUUACAGGCCAAAUACUACUUUCAUUUUGCGGUUUUGUGGCUUUGAAAAAAGGGUGUGGAAAAGCAUUGUUUUGGUUGGUUUAUAAGCUGUUCGGAGAGUAUUAGCUGUACAUCUGCACAUCUUUUUUUCUUGGCAAAGCGUUGAGUCGGGGGUUGGAAAUGGAGCCCUGUUUGGGACAAAUUAAUCUUGCCGUUUUGAGCUGCUCCACUGUAUGCUUAAUCUUCCCAUUAGAUCAAAAUUCAUUUGUGGUUUCAUUAUCCCUUACUGCUUCGUAGGACUUAAUGCUCCCAUUUUGUUUUGGUUCAAAGACGAUAUCAUUGUCUUUAACACUGUAAAGGAUUCAACUUUGGAAAGUUCUUUGAGUCUUCAAAGUAUUUUAAGCCAUUGGCAUGCAGUGAAGGAUGGAUUCGUUGGUGUUCAUGUGGAUAAAAAGUACUUUUGUGAAGCUAAACAGAAAAAGAAGUUUGAGAAGAAUUCCAUUGUGUUUCAUUCACUGGCAGGAAUUUCUUUUCAGAAGCUUGCCUUUAUGUUUUUUCAGUUAUAUUUUAUUCAAAAUAUUUUGAGAAGCAUUUAGGGUCAAAAUGUAUCUAGUUUAGAAACAAACUGAAGGUCUGAAACUAUCCCAAAAGUUCCAGUUUCAUACAAAAACUGUUAAAUGCUGUCUUCCCUUUUGUGUUUUUCCUGAUGAGUAGCUUUUGGGUUUCUUUUUGGAAGGGAAGUAGUUAUGGACAAAACGGACAGUUUGACCUUUCUGGACUCGAUUAUUAUUUUCAAUUUUGAUUCAAAUGUUAAAAUGAUGAGAUUUCAAAAAUAUCCCUCUGACAAGUUUGUAUUACUCUCUUUUUAAAACUAAUAUCAUUUGUAAAAUAUUUUAUUGAUAUUUUAGCUGACUUCAAUCAUUCUUUAUUUGGAAUUAUCGCUGCAAAUUUGUGGUGGCGUAUUUGUCAUUGGUGUUUAUAUUCAAGUGACACUUUAAACUGUUGAUAUUUAUUUGCGAUAUGCCUCUGAAACGCAGACCAAAUUCAUUCUCAGUGUUCAGAAACAAAAUUUCCGAAUUUCUCUUUGAUUGCAACGAAGAAAUCAACCAACUAUAAACAGUCAUUCUUAUCAAUUUGUUGAAAAGGUCCAUGCACUUGUAGGAUGUGACAAAGUGAAGCAGACGUUUUUGUUUACCACAUGAAGCCACAUUUUAAAGGUUGGGGCCGUCAAGGUUAGACACUUGAUACCUGUCAUUAGAAAGAAAGUACCUGGUCACAGGGAACAUAUUCCUUGCUGAGUGGCUUUGUUAGAAUUAAGUUUGUGCUGUAUGAGUAGCAUUGUAUUGUAAAAACAAAAACAAAGUUACAUCUGAAUUUUUUAAUUUUCAAGUUCUAGCCGUGUUUAUUAUUACAAAGGGGUUGUAUAAAUAUUAAGACACCCUGAACUUUUCUUAUUCAUAUUUAUUGGAUGACAUAAUAACAGAUGUUGUUUUUAAUGACCUUGUUAUUGAGCGUCUGUCACUCCUGUAAAUAUAGCUGAAUGAAGGGGCCGGACAUAACCAUAUUUUUUGAUUCGACUAUUAAAAGUUGCGAACCUAAGAAGAAAUGGACAGAUUUGGGCAUUGAAAA